CACACAAGAUACAUGGAGAAUAGGAACAACGUGACAGAAUUUGUUCUACUGGGGCUCACACAGAAUCCAAAGAUGCAGAAAAUCAUAUUUGUUGUGUUUUUGUUAGUCUACAUCAUCUCUAUGGUAGGAAAUGUGCUCAUCAUGGUCACUAUCACUGCCAGUCCAUUACUGAAUUCUCCCAUGUACUAUUUCCUGGCCCAUCUCUCUUUUAUUGAUGCCUGCUAUUCCUCUGUCAAUACCCCUAAACUGAUUGAAGAUUCACUCCAUAAAAAGAAGACCAUCCUAUUCAAUGGAUGCAUGACCCAAAUAUUUGGGGAACAUUUCUUCGGUGCUGCUGAUGUCAUCCUGCUUACUGUGAUGGCCUAUGACUGCUAUGUGGCCAUCUGCAAGCCCUUGCACUAUGCAACCAUCAUGAAUAGGCAACUGUGUGUACUGUUCAUGGGAAUGGUAUGGGUAGGAAGCAUCUUUCAUGCAACCAUACAGAUGGUCUUCAUCUUCAGGUUACCCUUCUGUGGAGCUAACAUAAUAGAUCACUUUAUGUGUGAUCUGAACCCUUUGCUCCAUCUUGCCUGCACUGAUACCCACACUCUAGGGCUCUUUGUUGCUGCCAACAGUGGUUUCCUCUGUCUAUUGAAUUUCCUCCUCUUGAUUGGCUCUUAUGUGGUCAUUCUGCAUUCCCUAAGGACCUAUAGCUUGGAGGUGAGAUGCAAGGCCCUCUCCACCUGCAUCUCUCACAACACAGUGGUGGUCCUAUUCUUUGUGCCCUGCAUAUUUGUGUACAUGAGGCCUGCUGCUACUUUACCUAUUGAUAAAGCAUUUGCUGUAUUCUACACUAUGAUAACUCCCAUGUUAAAUCCUUUAAUCUAUACCUUGAGAAAUGACCAGAUGAAAACUGUCAUUAGGAAAUUGUGUAGUAGGAAAGUUAUUUCUGGUAAUAGAUAA